CUUUGCUGAGACAAGACAGUUAUUAGCGGCGGCGCGGGGCGGCCGGCAUGGAGCUCCCGGAGGCGCGGCAAGGACCGGCACGCGGCAACGCUGUGGCCGUGGCAGCCCGGAGUCCCUUCAGCCGUCGCUCUCUGUUCUAGGUCUCUAGCCCUAGACGCCUCUUCCCUGUGCGCCUGCCUCUCGCCAUGGAUUCGCUUCAGACUGGACAGAUGUUGAGCUUGCCCGCCGAGCUCGGCGGCAACAACUUAGAACUGGCGGAGCCGGAGCCGGCGGAGCCCGCGACAUCAGCGGCCCGCGUAGAUACCGACCCCCAGCCGGAGGCGGCUACCAAAGGCCCCGCUCCUCCAGCCACUCAGGAGCCGGGGCCGGAGGAGCAGCUUCCCGAGACCUCGACGCCCGAGAGCAAAGUCCUGCUCCAGCAGGCUGACGCCCUGGCGUCUGGGGGGCGCCUCCAGGAAGCCCUUGAGGUGUACAGACAGCUCUCCGAGCGGCAGCAGUUGGUGGCCGAGCAGCUGGAACAGCUGGUGCGCUGCCUGGCCCAGAAAGUCUCAGAAAGCGAGGCGCUGCCGCCGGCGCCCCCGGACGGGAGCGGCGCGGCGAGCUGUGAGGCGGUGGCGGAGGAGGCAGGGGUGACAGCGGCCGCGGCCGAGGCCACCGAAGUGUGGGACGGUUUCAAGUGCCGGAAGUGCAAUGGAUUUCUGUCAGACCCCGUGUCCUUGUCGUGCGGCCACACCUUCUGUAAACUGUGCCUGGAACGCGGGAGGGCAGCCGACCGGCGCUGCGCUCUGUGCGGGGUUAAGCUCUCGGCAUUGAUGGUGGCCGCCAGCAGGGCCCGCGGCGUCCGGAGAGCCGGGCAGCAGGCGGAAGCCGCCGAAACGCCGCAGCCGCAGCCGCAGCCGCCGCCGCCGCCGCCGCCGCCGCCGCCGCCGCCGCUGCGGGUCAACGUGGUGCUCAGCGGCCUCCUGGGCAAGUUGUUCCCCGGCCCCGCACGGGCGUCGCAACUCCGGCACGAGGGCAACCGGCUGUACCGAGAGCGCCAGGUGGAGGCGGCGUUGCUGAAGUACAACGAGGCGGUUCGCCUAGCUCCAAAUGACCAUCUACUUUAUAGCAACCGGUCUCAAAUAUAUUUCACCUUGGAGUCUCAUGAGGACGCACUGCAUGAUGCAGAAAUAGCAUGUAAGCUCCGCCCAAUGGGUUUUAAGGCACACUUCAGAAAAGCACAAGCCUUAGCCACCUUAGGCAAGGUGGAGGAAGCACUAAGGGAGUUUCUAUAUUGUGUGUCCCUCGAUGGAAAGAACAAAAGAGCAAGAUCUGAAGCCCAGAGGCUUCUCCUUAGUUUCUUUUCACCAUCAGUCCCGGGGGAUUCUCAGGAACAUUUUCCCGAUAUCCUGAAGUUGUUGGCACCUCACCCUAGAUUAAAGGAACACGUAGAAUCAAUGGCUACUGAAGGCACCAGUCAUAAUCUACCAAAGUUGUCACAGGAAAAUCCGGAGCUCCCACACUGUUCUAGUCAGGAGGAAGCAGCGGCAGGGGGAGACUGCGGCAGCCUGGCAAACCCAGUUAAAGUAGAGGGGGAGGGGCAGCAAGGCGACCAGGAAGGCCAGGCAGGAGAGGAGAAGGGGGACGCUGCCUCUGCAGAAGCUACCUCUGCCAAGGCUGGCAAAUGCCAAGAAAAGAAAAGGAAGCAUUGUCAGACUGGAACCCAAGAUCCAGAGGUGCCCACUAAAGCCUCAAAGCCAGAUCCUCCUGCUGACCAGGAGGCCAGAGCUGCUGUCAGUGUUCCACUGCCAUUGUUUGUUGACGCGUCUGACCUUGAAUGCGCCCUAUGCAUGAGAUUAUUCUAUGAGCCAGUCACAACACCUUGUGGGCAUACAUUUUGCUUAAAAUGCCUUGAAAGAUGCCUAGAUCACAAUGCAAAGUGUCCGCUAUGCAAAGAUGGUCUUUCACAGUGCUUGGCAUCCAGAAAAUAUAGCAAAAAUGUCAUAAUGGAAGAGCUAAUAGCUAAAUUCCUUCCAGAAGAACUCAAGGAACGAAGGCGGCUUUAUGAAGAAGAGAUGGAAGAACUUUCUAACUUAAAUAAGAACGUGCCUAUUUUCGUGUGUACUAUGGCCUAUCCCACCGUUCCUUGUCCCCUGCACAUCUUUGAGCCUUGUUACCGUCUGAUGAUUCGUAGAUGCAUUGAGACAGGCACAAGGCAGUUUGGCAUGUGCCUUGGAGAUCCUGUCAAAGGCAGGUUCGCGGAGUAUGGGUGUAUCCUGGAGAUCAGAAAUGUUCAGUUCUUUGCUGAUGGUCGCUCUGUGGUGGACAGUAUAGGCAAGAGGCGCUUCAGGGUCCUCCACCAGGGCCAGCGAGAUGGUUACAAUACAGCCGACAUUGAAUACAUAGAAGACCAAAAGGUUCAAGGAGAAGAUUGUGCAGAGCUCAUGGGAUUACAUAAUUGUGUCUAUGAGCAGGCAUCAUCGUGGUUUCAUUCGCUCAAAUCAUCUCUGAAGAAUCGGAUACUCAGUCACUUUGGUCCAAUGCCAGAGAAAGAUGCUGAUCCCCAGAUUAACCCGAAUGGUCCAGCCUGGUGCUGGUGGACCUUAGCAGUUCUUCCAUUGGAAAGCCGAGCUCAGCUCCCAUUCCUAGCAAUGAGGUCCUUAAAGGAUAGACUGAACGGUAUUCGGCGAGUCCUGGCCUUUAUAUCCCGAAACCAAAACUAGUGAGAGUGGAUUGCUGGAGAGGAGCUCCCAUCCUCCCCACCACCCAUGGGGGGAGUCAUCUUGUAAAUAUAUCUAAUUGCAAUAACAUCUUAACAGAAGGAAGUAUCAAAUAGGCAUUUCCCUGCUGUUGAUCACAGAGAGAAAUUAUGUCGAAAGACCAAAAGCAUGGGACCUGUUUGAAACUUUCUGUCUUAAGAUGCUUCUUGACAUGCUGCACAACUACAUGCUCAGCAGAGGUGUUUAAAAGCCCAGAAAAAAAAAUUAAUUUGAUUUCAACAUAAACUUCUCUGAAGGUUUAAAGUGGUUUUGCUUUUAAUUUUCUUUCUUGCAUAGUUAAGUGUGUGAUUGAAAUGUGAAGAACAGAUACUAAUAAUGUUGCUGUGUUGUUUCACUGACUUGAGUUCUCAUUCCAAAUGGUUCAGGUUUUAUACAGAAUUGUGUAAAAUAAUGUUCAUCCUUCAUUCUGUUUUAAUAAUUUAUUUUUUGCACUACUGUAUCCUUUUUUCUACAAGUAUGUAACUAUUUAAGUGUUCGUUACUGAAAAGCCAGUUGCUUUAUUUAUUAACGUGGUUUACCAUUUACCAAGGGGGAAGUAACAGUAUUAGAAAUGUGCCAUUUUUGCUUUUAUCACAUUUUACUAUGUUUGAUCCCAGUUCUCGAGCCAUUUUUCUAUCUACCCCAUUGGAUGCUUAAAGGAAGUUCAGAGUGACAUUGAGAUCACCAAUCUUCACAGGUUCCAUUUGACUUUCAGUUUGAAUUCAACAAUAUAAAAUACAUAAGCGAUUUGGUAUACAUUAUAGAAUAAGCCAUGGUAAAGUAAAAUAAAACAUGUUCUAUAUGUUAUACAGAGCAGGGCUGAAGGAAUGCUUUUCCUUGAAUGAAGAGUUGAAUCAGAGGAGCAUCAUUUAGUAUGAUCUAUUAUAGGCAUUUAUCUCAACAGUCUAAUUCUAAAGGUAAAUCAUUUCCCCUCAGUGCAGUUAGGAGUGGGAUUUUGAGGCAGGAUGAUAUUUAACCCUUCAGAGGGAAUGGUUUUCACUUUGUCACAUCAUAGCCUCCAUAUCCCACCUCUUCUCAGGGCUCUGAGAUUCACAACCUGGCUAACAUGUGUAGAAACACAUGAAAAAGGGCUGUUUGUUACUACAAGUAUAAAGAAGCCAGUAGAAAAAGUAGAACCCUUAAAAAAAACAAACUGUUGUUUUGGUUUGUAAAUCUCUUUAAAGGAAACAGUGGUUUUUAUCUAAGCACUGCCUUUCCUCCUAGCUGCUGUGGGCCAAAGAUUUCAAUAUAGGGGAAGAAUAGUGAGUAAGAAGGUAAGAAGGAGCUCCUGUUUAGCCUGCUUUGUGCUGGUGUGAUUCCUUUAGUGCCAGGAGAAUCUGAGAAAUGCCAUGAGAAUGGGGUAUACAGUGAUGGAGUAAAGAGAUUAGGGCAGGCAAGAAGUGAAUCCUACCAUUCGCACUGUCUUGCAAAUGAUCCCCUUACAGAUGCUAAACGGAUGCAGUGCAGCCCAUCCACCUCAUUGAGAAGAGGUGAGUGCCUCACGUAACCAAUCUGACUUCUUCCGUCCUCACCUCUGGCCAGAAACAGAGAAGGGAGAGUGAGGUGAUCCAGGCAACAGAAAAAAGAUUCACAUAAGCAGAAACCAAAUGAUCUUUUCUGUACUUCCUAAGUGGAUGCUAUAUGUCAGAGCAUUAUGUUACCAGGCUUGAUGUUUGCAGCCAGACUUAGCUAGUGAAGAAUGGAAGUAUAGGCAUGGUCAUUGCCUAAGCAAACUCUACAAGGCUCAGGGAGUGGGAAAUUAAAGGCUCCCCCUCCCACUCGGUGCCCAACCACUAAUCGUAGCACAGUCCUAGUAAAAUAUUCUCCUGUUAUCUAGUGUAAAUGCAGCAAAGAAAAUGUCAUAAGCAUCUCCCCUUGGUAGAUGUUUUUGUUUUGUGAUUUAACUUGUUUUUGAGCCCACAGGUUCCUCAUAUAGCAAAUGGUAGUAAUUAUCACAUAUAGGGUUGUUAUGAACGUUAUAUAAGGUAGUAUAUGUAAAUCACUUAGCAGAGUGCCUAGCACCUAUGAGACAUUAAAAACAUAAUAGCCAUGAUUAGGUUAUUCAUGGUCAUAGAAUAUCAUCAAGGGCCCACAUUUGCAUAAAACACUGGCUUUAUACACAGUACCCAUAUCUACCCCCUUUAAAUGUGGUUGGAGGGAUCCACACCACUGAUUCUGAGACCAUAACUUGAUGCUUUCCAGUUAAUUCCUUUUAGAGCCAGGUCUGCUUGGGAAAAUGAAAAGACUAGAAAACAAAUGAGGUUAGAGACAAAGGAGACUUCUAGGCCAGUACAUUUUCCCUAUUUCAGUAGGACUAAAAAGUAGUGCUCUUUGGAGGUCUAGAAUUUCUGAUAUAGUGGAAACCUGAAGUUCUACCUCCGUUAGAAUAACCAAUUCAUCGCUUCUUUUUUUAAGAUUUUAUUUAUUUAUGAGACACACAGAGAGAGAAAGAGAGAGAGAGAGGGAGGGAGGGAGGGAGAAGCAGGCUCCAUUCAGGGAGCCCGACGACGUGGGACUCUAUCCCGGAUCUCCACGAUCACGCCCUGGGCUGAAGGCGGCGCUAAACCACUGAGCCACCCCGGCUGCCCAUUUUGCUGCCAAGUUCUGGUAUAAAGAGUGUACAGAGAAAAAACAUAAGCCUAAGUCUAGGCCAGAAGUACAAGACUUCCCCUUUGGUAGAUAGUGCCGUUUAUUUGGUUAAUUUUCUUAUCAUAACCUAGAUUAUUUUCUCUGUGUUUGUGUGUGUGUGUAUAUAUAUAUAUAUAUAUAUAUGUGUGUGUGUGUGUGUGUGUAUACAUACGUAUAUAUAUGGUACCAAGCAGAUAUUAUGCCUUUCUGCUUUGUACUGUACCACUGCUGCUAGCUAAUAACCAGCAAAAUGUAGAAAAUGAACAAUGAUAAACUAAUUCUCUGUAGACAUCCUGGAGAAAAGAGUGCCUGCCCCUGACUUAAUGGAGCAGAGAACUGACUAUGUUGAGAAUUUGCCUUUUCCGAAGGCUGACUGCUUCUAGCCCCAUGGCAUUUCCAGCUCUGCCUGUGGGGCUGGCCUGGCUCAGAUAAUCCCCUGUGACUGGCCAUUGGAGCAGUGGAGCUCCUGAGGCUGGUUCACAGCACCCAGAGGUCUCUUACUGUCAACAGAUUGCAUGCUGUUGAUAGACCAAAAUCCAUCGGGGAUUGUGUUCCCCCCUGCUAACUCCUUUUCCAAAUUGGGAGCUUCAUUUAAGGACUCAUUCCUUGAGUUCCCAACAUAAUUAACUUUGCAUCCAUUUCUGUUUACCAAGGCAAAAUCAUAUCAGAAGUGUAUAAUAUAGAUACAAAUGGAAGGCAGCCCAAAUAAUGGAAAAGGACACAUUUUUUCAGCCCAUCUGGGGCUUGAGAAAUGAGGCUUUGAUUUAUGAUUGAAAGCAGUUCUGAAAAGCAGCCAGCUGCAUGGGUUUCAGUUUGUGGCCCUUCCUGAGUGCAGAGAGAAAAAAGGAAAAGGAGUCACAUAAAGUGUACACAUUCAGUUCCUCUUAGAACGAUAGCUCCCACUGUUCAACUGUUUAAGAUUCUGGAUAGUGCACAUCCAGAGGUGAAAUAAAGACAUUUUCACUUAUAAAUGCGCUAAGUUAACCUUGAGAGAGAAGUGCCUGUAAUCUCUGUUUUUGGUGUCAUUUGAAAGCUUUUGCUUCAUGACUCUAUAGCCGUUUAAAAAUUUGUUGCAGCAAAUGUGAUUAACAGAAGUUUACAAAGCACCACUGUAGCUUAUGCGUCAUGUUCAAAAUUGCCUAACAUUUAUCUAUUGUCAAAGCAACAAUAAACAACAAAAUAAAAGGAGAGCAAAUAGGUCAAUGUGGCAUCAUAGGCUUAUUUAGAUAAACUAGUUCCAUCAUUUCAUGUAGCCCUCAGUCAUGCCAGGAUUAAAAUAUCAAGCAAACCACUCAAACAGUCACAAAUAUGUCUGUGUGUUUGUUAGUCUAGUUGUUUGUUCAGCAGCCAUUUUAUUUUCGCACUGUAAUAAACUGAAAGGGGAAUUAAGAUAAUGCUUCCCCCCCAUUGCUAUUCAACUACCUCUAUAUGCUUGGUUUCUCUUUAGGGAUUUCUUUCCUCCGGAUCUGUACAAAAAUGCAGUUUCAGCUUAUCUAUGUUGUAACAACAAUGUGAUUGAUACAGACAGUUGCUGUGAAAGCUGUUCAUUCAUUAGAAAUGUUUACUGUUGUUUCACUUUGUAUCUAACGAAACUGUACCCGUAACCUUAGGUCAAGAAUGACCCAAAAUAAGUUAUCAUUUUGUUGGAAGCAGAAUAGAAAGGAAAGCUAUCGGACCAUCUAUUUUGUUCUUGUUCCUGUUUGCUUAUAAUACAUUUGACCAGAUCUUUCAAGAAAGUAGACUUGCCCUCAGAGAGUAAGCUCUCAUGUAUUUGAGAGUGAGGCUGCCGUGAGUUAGUUAAUGUGACUGAUGUGUUAGAAAAUCUGGCCAUAAACUGUUUUUUAAAAAUGCACCAGAAAAUCCUGUUAAAGACUUAUGUUGUAAACAUUUUUGCCAACAAUCCACCCCGGGUUUGUUUGUAAAUCUGUUCGUAUGUUGAGUUUGCUUAAAGCAGAAUACACUACCUACUCUGUUUUCUCUGCCAUUAUAAAAUGUUUGUGAAAAACAA